AUGGAUGACAGCCAGGCAAAUGGUUCUGAUCUCUGCGAUCUUUGCGAGGUUCUAUUUGAGCAUCUCCUGGACAUGCGCAACCCACAGCGAUACUCUUUGGAUGCAUAUGACCAGAAACUACAUUUCUCUUCUGAAUUUCUAAAGCGAGGCGGUGACUUUGACUCUCUACCUCCAGACACAGCGAGGACCCCAUACAACCUUAUCCGCGCGUCGGGUGGUGGGUGUGCUGUGACUACGCACCAUGGCACCGUGAGUAGACUCGCUAGUUCGGGUGAGACGUGCGCCGUCUGCCGUCUCUUCUCUGCUUCAGAUAUAUUCCUGGAAGGGGCGACUACCUACGAGGUCAACCUACAUGAAGGAACUGGCAACGCAGAUGACCUUAUCUUCGAAUUACUACCUGUAGAUGGACCACGGCAGGAAAACGCUCGGUUGAGUGCAGACGCCUACUACCUGUGCAUGAGGCACGAUUUCUCAGAAGACAAAGUCCCGGAAAAGAUACAGGAUGCAGCCAGAAAACGCAUCUGGGGCCGACAAGUUCAUGCUCGAUCUGACUCGGAAGAAUGCCGACAGUUGGCCCUGAAGUGGUACAAGACAUGCCAAGCGCAUGAAAGGUGCCAUCGACCCCAAGGAUCGACUUUGCCGACACGCGUGAUAGAUGUGGGAAGACGUCCUGCAGAUACCAUAUGCUUGAAGACGACGAGCGAAGUACACGGGAAAUACGUUGCUUUGAGCUAUUGCUGGGGUGACUUCUUGCCCCUGAAACUGACCAGGGACGUCAUCAAGCAAUUCGAGGUCAGUAUUGCGUCUGCCAGCCUUCCAAAGACAUUUCAGGAUGCUGUCGAGGUUACUCAAAGUCUCGGAUUUCGAUACCUUUGGAUAGAUGCUUUGUGCAUUGUCCAAGACGACCCUUUGGACGUGGCUAGAGAGGUCGCUUCAAUGCACAAGGUGUAUGGUAACUGUGAGCUUGUGUUGUCAGCAACAUCGUCCGAGAAUUGUAAUGGUGGGCUAUAUUCUCUUCGGAAUGCCGUCGCGACCGAAAUCCGAUUGCCAAAGACUACCAAUUUGCAUACAGCUGGCACAGUUCUCAUCGGUCGAUAUAAUCGACACCGAGUGGCACACUUAGAUUCACAACCACUUGAUCGCCGUGCAUGGAGUCUCCAGGAAAGAUUACUAAGUCCCGCUGUGCUUCACUUCUUACCUUAUGGCUUAGUCUGGGAGUGCCGGACAGUAUGUGUGAGCGAAAAUGGAGAGGUAGAAGUUGACGGGAUCGAUCCCUUCCUGAAAGCUCUUCCGUGGCUGUUUUUGGGAACUUGGACUGCUACAAAAUAUGGCACCUGGACCGAGAUUGUGCAUAAAUACUCAUCGAAGAGCAUGACCUACAAAUCUGAUCGACUGCCAGCAGUCGCUGGACUAGGCUCAUAUCUUCAUGAUCAUGAGUACAAGCACACAAGAUAUUAUGCAGGGCUGUGGGAGUCAGAGUUGCCGUGGAACCUUGUUUGGAGGACAUCAUUUCCCCAAGAACGUAGUACGACGACGCAGUGCCAACCACCUUCCUGGACCUGGGCAGCUGUCAGCGGAGCUGUGAGCUACUCUACAUGGCCUGCCGAGCUUAAUCCAAAGGAACGGAAGAGCUAUGUGACAAUUUCACAUAUUGAGACAAUCCCAACCCUACCAGGCCACUUCCUUGGCCAUGUCAAUGGUGGGAAAAUCGAACUGCAUGGGCCAACACAGGAAACCAGCUUUGACUCAAAGCUCAACUCGCUGGACCAGCGAGACUUUUUCGGACACAUAGAAUGCUUCCUCGACAUCAAGAUUCCUUUGAAGAGAUGCACAUGCUUGCUGGUAAGCUGCUUGCCGCAAGUGCUGCUAAAUGAGGGCGAAAAGAAGUCGUGGGUGGCAGAUUCCCUGAUUUUGUUGGCUUGCAGCGAUGAUGAUGAGAGUUGCUGUCAAAGAGUCGGAGUGGUACGACAUUAUAUUGAGGGUGAUACCCAACCUUUUCCGACUGACGUGUUCAAACACCCUAUCACUCGAAGGGUGACGAUAAUAUGA